AUGGCUCUCCUCACUUUCCCUCAUUUUCCUUCCAAUUUCCACUCACUUUCCCGCUCCCCAAACAACCGCUUCUCUCCAUCUCGCCGCCGUUACUUCACCACAACCGCAACAUCUUCCGACACCGCCAUUCUCUGGUUCAAACACGAUCUUCGAACAGACGAUCACCCUGGACUACUCGCUGCCUCUGAAUUUCGAUCACUAGUUCCUGUUUACAUCUUCGAUCACCGCAUUCUUUCUCGUUUUUCCGAUGAAAUGCUUGAACUAGUUCUGUUUGCAUUGAAGGAUUUGAGGAAGUCGUUGCAGGAACGUGGUUCCGAUCUCAUGAUUAGGUUUGGCAAUGCUGAGAAUGUGAUACAACAACUUGCAAAUGAGGUCAAAGCCACUUGUGUAUUUGCGGAACAAGAGGUGGAACAUGAACUGCUCUUCGUCAUGGAUAUUGUCAACCAGCAUUUGAAAUCAAUGAAGGUUCCUCAAGACAUUCCAAGAAUUGAAUUGUGGAAGACUCCAUUUUAUGAUGUAAAGGUGCAAAAUCUUGCCUCAUCCUAUGAUGACUUUGAGAAACUUCGGCUCCAAGUGACUACACCACUUCAGCUUUCAACAAUACCUGGUGCAGAAAUGGAAUUAGAUUGGGGCAAUCUUCCCGUGUAUGAUGAUAUUAAGGGGUUUAUGGCUAACAGCCGGAGGAAUUUACAAGAUGAUUGGAAUAUGAUCAAGAAGACAUCAGCUGAAACCCUGUUAGGCAGAGAAAUGUUGAAGUCCCGUGAGAGUGGAGAGAGAAGUUAUAGCUUUAGACAGAUCAAGUCAGAGGAACCAAAUAAAUCUGUGUUUGUUACACAAAAAGGAAAUGUUGUUGGAGGUGGAACAUAUAGUGUACUAAAUGCAUUGGCUGCAUAUUUGAGGUAUUUGGAGGGAACGGCUCGUGAUGAUUGGCAAGAGGUACAUGACAAACUGCGUGCUUCAGAAAAUCGAAAUGGAGCAUCAUUUAACGCACUAUUUGGUCCUGCCUUAUCUCUGGGCAUUAUAUCCAGAAGAAGAGUACACUAUGAAGCUAUCAAAUAUGAGAAAGAACGGAAUGCAGGAUUCUUAUCUCCUUUUGGAUAUUCAGCCACUACUAUUGCUGCAGCAGUUGAGGCCGUGUGUUCAAAGGAGUGGUAUUGGAUUUUAGCUCUGAGAAACCAGAUAAACAAUGAUGGAAAACAGUCAACACGGAUAUGGAGAUGGAAUGGUUUUCUUAUUCAGUAUACAGUUGCUGGUGAAGAUGGUCCUGCUGUUCUUCUUGUGCAUGGUUUUGGUGCCUUUGGAGAGCACUACCGUGACAACAUACACGGUUUAGCUAAAUCUGGAAAUCGAGUUUGGGCUAUUACAUUGUUAGGAUUUGGCAAAUCCGAAAAGCCAAAUAUUGUAUAUACUGAACUCUUGUGGGCUGAUCUAUUGAGAGAUUUUAUUGUUGAUGUUGUGGGAGAACCCGUCCACCUUGUUGGCAACUCAAUUGGCGGUUAUAUUGUUGCUAUUGUUGCUCGAGUUUGGAGUGUUUUGAUCAAAUCCAUCGUCUUGAUCAACAGUGCUGGCAAUGUUAUCCCAAGAAAUACAACCAUGUCAUUGUCUAGGCAAAGUGAUAGACAAACGUCAGUGGCUACAUGGUUGGGUUCUCGCAUUAUUCUGUUUUACUUGAGGCUAAGAAUUCAAGAACUUGUUAAGCAAUGUUAUCCAACUAAGAUUGAAAGAGCAGAUGAUUGGCUCAUAAAUGAAAUGCUAAGAGCAUCCUAUGAUCCUGGCGUGCCUGUGGUCCUAGAAAGCAUCUUUAGCUUUAAUCUCUCCAUACCUCUUAACUAUCUUCUUGAAGAUGUCAAGGAAAAGGUUAUAGUUAUACAGGGAAUGAAAGAUCCAAUUUCUGACUCUAAUGCGACGGUGGCUAUGCUUAAAGAGCAUUGUGAUAGUGUUAUAAUCAAGAAGAUAGACGCUGGCCAUUGUCCACAUGAUGAGGUGCCAGAACUAGUUAAUUCUAUCAUUUGUGAUUGGAUACGUAGGGUGGAAAGUAACAUUUUAGCAGGGUUCUCAGUGUAA